AAAGAAAGGGGUAACAAGGGAUUCCAGUCAAAGAGUGUGUCAGUAGCCCAGGAGAAGGCGAAACCAUUAGUGAGCCCUGAAAUGGAAUGAGAGGGAAAGAAGAAAGCAGCUUACAGCGACCAAGAAGAGGAGGAAGUGGGAGAUGUGCUGCUUCCUGUAGAAAGAACGAUGACUGAAGACAAAGCUGGGUGGGGACUAGUCCCUGGGCUGCAGGCGCCGCUGCUACACUUGCACACAACAGCCGGCCGCCGCUCCGUGGGCAGCUCCUACUACUGCUGAGCUGGGCUGGGCGGGCUGCGCCGGAGCUCGCCUGCACAGAGCAGCUCGGAGAGAGGAGGGAAGCCACUCUUCUCUGACCACCCUCAGAGCCAAGCCAGAUCUGCCAGGGAGCCUCAGGCUUUGGGAACUGAAGAGUGUGUCUGGAAAACCCACCCAGCACUUCAAUGGCCAGCAACAACACUGCCAGCAUAGCACAAGCCAGGAAGCUGGUAGAACAGCUGAAGAUGGAAGCCAACAUCGAUAGGAUAAAGGUAUCGAAAGCAGCUGCAGACUUGAUGGCCUACUGUGAAGCUCAUGCCAAGGAAGACCCCCUCCUGACCCCUGUUCCGGCUUCAGAGAACCCAUUUAGGGAGAAGAAGUUUUUCUGUGCCAUCCUUUAAGUCUUCAUGAGAAGCCUGAAGAGCCUUGGGGCUCCUGGGACACUGAUGUAGAGUUUUUAGCAAAGUGGGCACCUUUCUCGUCCACAGCAUUUAAAGAGAGGGAGGAGAACCAUCCUGGAAACUCCAGGCCAUGCAUGUUUAAAGAACUGAUCCCCUUUAUGAGAAUGAAAGCCGAUCCACAGCCUGAAUUAAGAGAUCUGAUAUCAGCAGAACUGCCUGGAGGAGGGGACUAUGUAAAGAUAAAAAUCGGUGUCAUUUCUUUUCUGCUCUCCCUCCCAAAACCUUAUAUUUCUGCUUCAUAUUUAAAAAAUAAAAAUUGAAACAGACAGCUGUCCUGAGCUAAGAUGUGUAUGACCUUCUUGAAAUGAAUAUUGCCUUUAGAAUACCCUUUGAUCAGCUGAGUUGUCCAGUGUAACCGCGAUUCAGUUUAAUGGCAUUGAUGUCUAGUCUUUGCGCCUUUGUUCUCCUUUUUCUUUUUCCUUUCUCCCCUGCCUCCUUCUACCCUUCCCCGUUAGAGUAGUACAAAGAUAAGGCUGGACUUGUCUGUGAGACUGAACUUCAAGGAUGAGCAACCCAAAAUGCUUAGGCAGAUGUUUCCUGUGGUUUAUCCUCUUGGUAAUAACAAAAAAACAAAAAACACAAAAACAAAAAAAUGCCGGUUGUCUGUGUUCUCUUAUCACUAUUCCUAACAUUUGUACAUGAUAGCUUUGAUUCUGCAAGUAAAAGUAAAUCAUGUGUUGUGACUGGUGCUUUCAUAUAUUUGUGACAAUUUUUGAGUAAUAUUGCAUGAAAAUGUCCCUAUGUUACAUCCAUUCAGACGUUUUGUUGUUUUGCUAUAAAGUUUGGAAAAGGAAUGAGAGAGAAAGAAGCUGGGAAGGAGAAAAACUCUGUAUCUUGAGAAUUAAGAUGACUUCAGAGCCUUAGUGGUGCCUAAAAUACCUCCUACUUAUCUGUGGUAUAAAUGCCUCUUCAAUAUGUUUUCCAGAAUCCAAAGCAUUUGGGUUUUACCCAGGAUGCAUGGCAGCACAGGUACCAUCCAUCAUGCAGGAGCAGUAAGGAUUCACCAGGAGCUGGGAGGUGCUUUUGUCAUGGAAUAUGAGCAAAUCCCUUCUUUCCCUAAAUCACAGAAAUUCUAGACUGAAAGAACGCUUUCUGUGCUGUUCUUAAGAAAAAUGUGGCCCUUGUUUGUUCAAGUAUCAGGAGAAAUAAACACGGUACCAGAGAAGACCCAUUCUCAGAAUCCUGGCUAUUCGCCUGCCAGGGAGGAGGGGUCAGGUGUAGCCCCCACAGCCAGCCCCACCAGAUGGGGUCUGGCUCUUUUUUCCACUGAGAUGGUCUUUAUGUGUCACCUAUUUUUUUUUUCCAAUAGAAUCUUUUCUUAGCUUUUGUUCUCCAUCUUGUUUGAUAGACUCUCUCAGUCUUUAUUUACAGCUUCCUUGUAGUUAGAGCUCUCUUUUCCCCAGAGGUGAUACUGAAAGUGAUUUCUCAUUGCAGCUCUAGCCUCUAUCAGUAAUGGGAGGCCCUGGAAGCCUUUGUUACUUUUUUUUCUGUGACAUCCCCAGGCAAAAGAGGGCUUCUCUUACAUUUGGUUUGCUUUGAAAUCCCAAAGACAGUUUCCAAAUUAAUUUUAUUCUCCUCUCUUUUUUUCCUCUUGUUUAAAAAGAAACAAAAAAGGAUAAAGAGGAAAGAAAAGAGACAAUAAAAAUUCUUAAUAUGCCAAGGACAGAUUUGGAAACAGACUUGGUAAAUAUUUUCCUUAGCUCCUUUCAUGGGCAUGCUAGUAAAAGAAUGAAUGCAUCCAAUUAAAGCUCACACCUGGGGUGGGGUUGGGGAGCGAAUACUGAAAUAUUUGUGAAAUGUAUGAAUGCACUUCUAUAACCAGAUAUUUCUGUUCUGUUUAAACUUUGGAAUUUUGUUACAGUUAGUGGGACACUGAUGAAGAUUUAGAGGGGAAAAACCCUGGCGGAGUAUUUAUUAAACUACAGUAUUGUACCAUCAGCUUAGUAAUACUGUGGAAUGAGCUAAAAUCAUAUCCAUUUUUUUUAAAUGAGCCAAAAUAUGAAUUGAAUAUGUGAUCACAUAAAAACAACUAUGAAUAAACACUCUUUGGUGGUGAUUAAGGCCUCAUUAUAAGACCCUGAUGAUUUUCAUAACCUACACCAUUUGUUUUUCUCAUAAGGACUCUUUAUAUUUUCAUGUAAAGCUAGAUUUUUGGAGCAAUGAAAAUGGAAUUAAAAUUUGAGGAAGCACCAUAAUACAGCUCUGGUAAUUAAAAGCUAAGGAAAUUCCAAACUUACCGUGACCUUGUUUAUAAAAGGAGAGAGAAAGCAGUAAAUAUAUACCGCAUCUUAAGUUUAAGGAAAAAGUUUUGGCUUUUUUCAUAAUUUCAUGUCCUAUAGUAAGGAAUUAUAAUGCCAGAGCCUUUAUAUGAGUUUUGGCUUAUUGAUAUUUUUUACUUAUUAUGGGGGAAAACUUACGAUUACUUACGCCUUUGAAGAGCUUUAAUUCUUUUACAAAUUCAACAAUCAUUUUCACCAGCAUAAUUUCAUCUUAAGUGGUAACUAAUAGGAAAAGUUAGUUUAAUUAUUCAAGGCCCUAAUUUCUGUGUCUGAUUUAUUGAAUGGUAAUGAAAUCUGCCAUAGAAUUGAACAGCAAAAAUAACCCUUAUAUUUAGAAAAAAUAAAUCUCACAUCAUUCUCAAUAUUAACUCUAGUUUUUUUUUUGGGGGGGGGUUCAAUUUUAAACCUAAUACUAUUUCUUUUAAAUCAGAGGUUGCAAAUAAGUACUUCAAUCUGAGGCGAAUUUUGCAAUAUUUGAAAGAGAUUGCUUCCCAAGAAAAAUUCUAAAUCGUUUCUCCAUACACUCACAACUGGAAUUUUGAGAAACUGAGCAUGCUGUCUUAGGGAAUUUAUGUACUUUUUUUGUUUUUAAUUUGCUUCUACCUGCUCCUGGCAAUGGUGGAUUGUUACAUAUACAUUAAUGUUUUCCCAGCCCAAAAAUUGUUAAUGUUUUUCCUAUAUAAGAUUUAUGGAGUGUGUCUUUCAAAGAGAGGGAAAUCCAGAAAUGUUUGAGCAGGAACACCUGAAUGUGAUGUGCACAUUUUCAUCCCACAUGUAUUUGUUUUAAUAAAUGGAAUUUUCAGACUCA